GAUCUGAACACCAAAACGCGGCAGUUCAGACAAGGCUAACAUGCUAAUGGGGAGAGGGGUGGCGUGCUGUCCCGCCGCGACAUGUCCUCCUCGAGUCUCCCACACGGGGCCGUUUUAACCGAGUCCUGACACACAGACGGUGACGUUAAAACACUUCUGAGGAAAGUUUGUGUCUGUUUUGUGAGGGAAAGUGGUGUUAAAAUAAAGUGAAAUAACCCGCUCCUCCCUAAAGUUUGAUAGCAGUUGCGGCUUGCCCACGUCCAGAUCACAUAUACGCGCGCGCGCACACACUCACACACACUCUAAGACACCGAGCAGUGAUUUGCUGUUGAAGUAGGACUGAAGAAGAGCAGUUAGCUGCACUUAAAUCUUUCUGACAUUUAAAGUUAUUGUUUAUUUUGGUUAUUUUUAGUCCUUAGAGCCAUGUGAGGUGUCCUGUAAUGUCCACAGAGCAGGAUAAAGAUUCAUUCUCGCUCAAAAGAAAUAGAGGAGGUGACGGUGGUCUGGAUGGUUUAGGAGGGCCCGGCUUGCUCCUGGGGAGCCCGGAUAAAAAGAAACGCAAGUCGAGUACACAGGCUGCGUCGUUCGCACCUCUCUCUGAAUAUGCACCUCCUCCCAACCCGAGCUCUGAUCACCUGGUGGCUUCCAACCCGUUCGACGAUAACUACAACUCUUCUCCGGCGUCUCUGAAACCCCCGAACAACACCAACCCCUACUUCGGCCCGUCUCACUACCCAGGGUACGGUGGUUAUGGGCCGCCCCGUAUGGUACCGCACAUCCAGAACAGGAUGCCCGCUCCUUUUGGGUCCCCGUUUCAGAUCCGGAACCAGCCACACCCGUUCUCCCAGAACCCGAUGGGCCUGAUGGGGUUCAUCCGAGCGCCGGGGUUCAGCUACUCGCAUCCCGAGAACCCGGCCUUCUCUAAUCAACCCAUGUUUAAUAACAACGGAGGCCUGCACCAGCACUUCAGACCAGGUCCUAGAGAGAACCAGCUUUCUCUUUCCAGCAUGAACCGGAACCACGGUCCCGAUCCGACGUUCGUCCCGGAGGCGACCUUGUAUGGGAAUCGUCCUGCGGCUGCGGUGAAAUCCGGCCUGGCUAUGAGCCUUGGACUGAACUUCGCCCAGCCUACGACGCCCAAACAGGAACCGGCCGAGAGCGGAAAUAAGAACGCUACGCCUCCGCGGAAACCGAACCAGAUCUCAGAAGAGGGCGGAGCUCCAGAGAGCCAGGCAGAGCUUAAAGGGAAAAGCAGAUCCAGUGUAGAAGGAGGUGUGGAGAAGAUCAACGGUGUCCUCCACCCCAACACCGAACCGCUAAAGAAGUCUCCUCAACCUGUCGCCGAGAACAGCGGAGAGAGAAACCGGCGGCCCGCGCACAACAAAACCGGCUCGGCCAAUAGCAAGAGAAAUCGUUUGAGUGGCUCCGCCCCGUCCGAGCCCAUGUACCCGUGUGGGAUCUGCCUGGGCGAAGUGAACGAUGAUCAGGAGGCCAUCUUGUGCGAGGCCUCGUGUCAGAAGUGGUUCCACCGCGUGUGUACGGGAAUGACGGAGACGGCCUACAACCUGCUGACGGCCGAGACGGCCGCCGUGUGGGGCUGCGACGCCUGCAUGGACGAGAAAGAAGGAGCGCAGCUGAUCAAAACGAGGGAGGGGUCCGGCUCGGCUGCGGCAAACAGCGAGGGACAAACCUGAACUCUGUGUGUGUGUGUGUGUGUGUGUGUGUGUGUGUGUGUGUGUGUGUGUGUGUGUGUGUGUGUGCGUUCAACAUUUUAACCUGCAGAUCUUCUUUGUUUUCUCUGGGUUUUCUUCAGAUGUCAAAAGUAAUGUGCCAUGAAAAAUUGCAAAAUUGUACCUUGUUUUUUUAAGAAAUCGGGAAUCCACACUUGAUUUUGUUAAACCUGUAUCCUGACGCAGCCACAACUCAUAUUUAUCGCCGAAGGAACCUAAACUUAACCGGUACAUAAAGCGAGACGUCCAGUUUUUCAACUCUCGUAACGCUGUUCUAGGUUGUUUGUUUAAGCCCCGCCUAUUUCUCUGGAAAAUGUUGCAAUAGUGAGUAAUCCUGGACGAUACGACUAUAAUUUCACUACGGUGGUGAUUUUCUGAACAGCAAUGCUUUUCUGAAAUAACACAUAUAUUUAAAAUAAAAAACUGCACGCUGGUGUUUAAAGUUUGAAAGAAAGAAACUGUGAUGUUUUAUUUUUGCAGAUCUUUCCCCCUGCGUCUCGAGCGUUAAUUUAUUCCUGUAGACACUAAAACAUCAUUAAAUCAACACUCCUGUUCAGUAUUGAUGCACAGUGUGUAUCAUAGAAACGUAGUCACGUAUCGUAAUCGUAUCAUGAUGAUGUUUAUAUCGUCGUAUCGCCCGUCCUUAAUAGCGCUGUCGCUAAUUAACUAGCGUAACCAAAAUAGUGGCUAUGAAAAGUGUCUCUUCCUUUCAACACGUACGACUUUUGUUGUUGUUUUUUUUUUUUCUCCCGUCUGUCGCUGGUCUGUUUAGUCCGGUAAAAUCUCUCGUGUAAAUCAACCCUGACGUUGGGGUUUGCGCUGAGGUCAGACGUCUUCCUUUUGCCUGCGCGUAACCGUUCUCUCCAUCUUCUGCUGUAGAAAUUCAUUCUAAUAUUAGUAUUUAAAAAAAUAAAUAAAUAAAUCCUCACCUUUGCUUUCUUAUUUGUUCCUGGGUAAUUCCCGCCCCCGAGCCGGCUCUCCCCUAUCACACGAAAGGGCGGAGUAACACGCUCGGAGGAAAGCACUAUCGGCCCUCUUCCUCAUACGCGAGCUCACAGACGGCUGCGAUGUUUCUGAGAGACGCUUUUACGUUGAACCUAACGUCAGUAUUUUUCAUUUUCGUGGAGGGAGGAGGAAGAGAUGAUGAUGAUGAUGAUAAAUUGUUGUAAUACUAUCAGCAUGUCUUGUCGUCGUGUUUUAUUUCGGAUUUUAAGCGCGGAAUUUUUGCGAGGGACAAACCGCAGACGUGUUCUACGCGCUAGUUUAACGGCUUUAUUAGAUAAGUAUCGUAUUUAUUAAAUUCCCUGCUCAUCUGCGGGGGGAGGAACGAACGCUCGAUGAGAUCACGUUGUUCAGUCGUGGAGGAGCGAAGGAAGAAUGAAAUGUGUUACGGUGCCGAAUGUAGCGAGGAUCGUUUUUCUGCCCGGUUCCGCUUUCUGAACGGCGUGUCGUCGGGUCUUGGCCAACGUUUCUGCUUUGCUUGUGCUCUGUGUGCACUUGACGUCGCUGCAUUUUGCCAUAUAUUUCCUCCACUGUGCCAUUUGUUAUUAUUUCUUAAUGGAAUUGUGAUUAAUGUAGCAGAGAGAGAGAGAGAGAGAGAUGAGAGCUGCGAUGACAAUAAUAAUAAUAAAGCACACUUAUUAUUGAGUGUGUGCACUAAAAUGUUUUAAAAUCCUCUUCGAUGAUCAUUUAAUGGUGUUUCUUUUACUGGUUUAUUCUGUUUUAUAUGAGGGUUUGUUACUUGAAGGUAGAAGAAAUUGCACAGAAUAUAUCGGUCCAGGAUUUAUGGAUGCUAAAUAAAUGGAUUUCUAUCA